UUAAUCGUCGAGGUGUUCUGUUUGCUAGAUACGUAGUUUUAUCAACAGUUGGAACUCCCAAGUUUCUAUUUCAAUUUAUGUUCAAGUUUUCAAGUUGACUAAGUAACAGAAUGUCGGAAAUUCCUGAUUAUACUCGCAAUGUGUCACUUAGUCUGUCUAAAGUACUUGAUGAGAUAGGAGUGAACGAAAGAAUGGUGAUAAAAACAAGGCGACUACAACUAAUGAAUGAAUCGUUAUGUACGUUAGCUCACAAGUUAAAAGAUGAAGAUGAAGACGGGAAUAUGUAUACCUUAGGUAGUAGAGUAGAGGGUACUACAACACUUGGACUUAAUUCUGACACAGAUUUACUUUUCACACUUGCCGCGUACACAGUGAUACAAGACUUGAGUGAAUGGGAACCUGGUAAAAUAAACCUGUUAAUGAUACAGGACGAUACUGUAUCACCAGGAUAUUGCUUAUUACAGAUACUGAGACAGGAUGCUCCACUUCCAGAAGAUAAUGUGUAUGAUCAGUACUGGUAUAGAGAUAGAAUAGGAAGAGUACUAUUAAAGAAUGCAAUAGUCAAUAGCAGGGCUGGUGCUGAAUUUGUUAGACAUGGUCCAGCACAAUCAAUGGAUGAAAUGCCUGGUUUCUAUGGUAAUGACCUUGUCCUUGCAAUACUUUGUCAACAGUGGCCAUUGCAAGCUAGACAAUGGAUUGCUCAGCAAGGUGAAGGUCAGUGGCCUACAUAUGAUAUGAAACAAUAUUGUAAAGAUAUGGGGUGUUUCGUUGUAGGAGUUGGAGGCAAAGACAGUGAAAAUGAAGAACUUGAAUGGAGAAUAUCCACUUCCCUUGCCGAGCGAUAUUUAAUGUUUAAUCUGAAUAUAACACAAAUCAGAUGCUAUGUCCUAAUGAAAAUGAUUUUAAAAUCAUUUAUAAAUACACAAUGCCCUGAUAGCAUUUCAAGUUACAUGUGUAAAACGGUCAUGCUUCACUGUAUUUCAAGUACAGAAAACCAUGCUUGGAACGAAAACACUUUGCUAAUCUGUUUGAAUUAUUGUCUGACAAUUCUUUACAAUUGUGUUUUAAAUGAAAACUGUCCACAUUUUAUCAUCCCGGAGAACAAUUUAAUGGCGAGACGUUUUACUCCAGUGACAAAACAAGUCAUACUAGGUACUAUUUCUUACAUUUUAAGCAGUAAAGGAAGUGCAUUACUUGAAAUAGAAUGUGAUCAACUUGGUUUCAGAAUUCAAAAUACUUUUUUGAGGUUAGUAGAGAUUGUUCCUGAAGAUAUGUCUUGUGAGAUUUCAGGCAACCUCGUGGGAGAUAUUGGUCUGUUUGUCAAUGAAUUGCACUUGGAUUUCCUCAAACAUACGAAUAACAUCAGUCACAUAAGAGUUCUAUUGCAGACAUUAUAUAAAUACCUUAUGAAAUUAACUCAUUACAUGAAUCAAGGGCAAAAUAAAUUAGCAUGUAGUGCAUUGGCUAAAUUUCUAAGCAUGCAUUUAGGUUCCGCUCUAGCUUCAAUGAACAUACAUAGUCAAGUUGGUUUAUGCCGAGAAUCUACCGUUUUGAUGUCGUUAUGUCUAAACGUUGACCUAAUAUCGAGUAAAGUGAAACUAGCAUCAAUUUUCUAUUGUACAGGAGAAAUUGAGAGGGCUGAACUUAUUUUGAAAAAUAUUGAAGAAAGUUAUGACCACAAUGUAGUUGAACCAAUAUGCCAAUGCUACGAUUUUAAACAUAAAAAAAGUAAAAGGGCAUUUGAUAAAUUAUGUUAUGAAGCAGAUGAUGAAUAUACAUUGCUACAGAGUAUAACUGCAUCUUGUGUCAAGUUUCUACGAUAUGAAAUAAACUGUUGUCCCCAUGAACUCCAACAUGAAAUGUUCAGAUCACCGCAACAAGACCUCCCCUAUAGAGGUAAAAAUGAUGAAUGGAUGGAUAUGGCUGUGGUAGAUUCUCUGCCAUAUUUAUACUUUCUACAGUAUAAGACAUAUUCUCAUCUCAGAAGGCAUCGGGAUAAACAGGCGGCACUUUCCAACCUUGCUAAAUGUAUUAUAGAGGAACCAUUUUCGGACACAAAGAUACAGCACUAAACAUUCUAGGUCAGUGUAUGGAGCAAGAAAACAGAAUGGAUGCUGCUCUAAAGUGCUAUCUGUCCUCUCUGAAAAUACGAGGCAGACAUAACUCUGCAAAGUUUCAUAUCUGUAGACUUGUAAACUCACUGUUGGGUUCAGGCUUCCAUUAAAAUAAAUGUGAAAAUAUUUCCUUUUCGUGACUUCGAACUGAAAAUAUGAAUACAUGUGAUCCCUUUAUAGAAAGGCUAAGCUUGUCAUACAAUUUGAAAAUGGAACAGCAAGAUAAUAUUACAGUUUUUUUUCAUCUAUGAUAAAAUAUGUGACUUCUUGGCGGUGUGUAUGGUUAUUUGGAUGCAUUCAACCAGGAGUUAGAUUGUUAUGUAAUGCAUUUGUCAGACUUGUAAGGAGACUUAGAAUAUUGAAAGCAUGAUGUAAAAUUUUCUUUAACGUAAAUUUUAACAAAAUAGAAAUUACUAUCUAAUUAUAAUACGUGAAUGUAAAGUCAUUUCUUAUAGUUGUAUGAAAAGGAUUAUGUAUCAAAUAUUUUCAAUGACCAAUCUUAAAAUAUUAAGCAAACAUGCAACUGUUUGAUUGUCUAAGUUUUAUCGAACGUGUCAACGUGCCAAGCAAAAUUGUAUGUUUAAAUAAAUUAGUUUGAGGUUAUAGGUUUUCAAUAAGAUCUUCUAGCUUGGGAACAGAUGUGUAUGAUCAAUGAAAGAUUUCGUCAUUUAAUUGUUCAAAAAUGUUUUUAUUCUUGUAAAGAUUCUAUGUUCCGUUCAAAUUUUCCAUUUAUUUAGGAGUUAGCCAUUUAUGGAAAAUAUUUCCCAAUUGUACGAUGAUAUAAAUGGGAAGUCAAAUAUUUCUGAAUGUAUAAAAAUAACAUUGAUCCAAUUCUUUUGUCGCAAUUUGUAAUAAAUAAACAUUGUAUAUUUGUGCAAAGAUAUUGUGAAAAGAAAGAAGAAAUGAAAUAUGAAAUUCAUAUCUUAUUUUAUAUUUUAGUACAAAAGUCAUGUAAAUGUUUGUAAUUUAUAAAUCAUAUGUUAUAAGGACAGUCUUAAGUAAACUGAAAAAAGUUAUUCGUGUCUGAAUUCCAUAGUCUUAUGUUUUAAUUCUUCAUAGGGACUUACCGAGUUACAUAGUGAAAAAUAAGCACAAGAAUUAUCUAUACGUAUUUUCAAGCAAAAUACGACUUAUUUUCAUUCUCUGUUAUCUAUAUCUCUGGUACAAUAUUAGUCUUGCUAUAUUUAUACCUAGAAUUAAAAAAUGUCCUUGUAUGAUGCCUUCUUAUAAUACAGAAUUAAAACAAGGUUCGCUUAUAUAUGGAAUUUCUUUAAUUAUUAGUUGACAUGUUUUUAUUUGAAAUCUUUUCGUGUUUCAACUGAAUAAAUUAUAAAUAUUA